GGGGGGGGGGUCAGACUAUUGUCUUGAUCUGAACUGGGUAAUCAGAUUGCGCAGUUUAUAUGACUCGAUACUAAUUAUGUAGCCAAAUUCUGAUUAAUAUCAGUAUAUUGAUGUGCAUGUAAACGUAGUACUUGAGGAACCUUUGUUUUUAAGAGUACAGAGUUCACUCGAGGUCCACCACCAGCAAAGUUAUGCAUUUUAAAAAUGUUUCAGUAAUCAUUCUGUUGUGGAUCAGGGGUCUGUUCCAGUGUGAGGUGGGAAUACACCCUGGAUGGGAGGCCAGUCUUUCCCAGGGUGUUUUGACUUUAGACAUCAAAUGUGUAGCAGUGAAAUACUUUUAAAAAGUGCCUAUUCAUAGCUGUGGUUAUCAAACGUUUAUAGCGAUGAGGUAAGCUUGGCGGCAUUAUAAGUCAAUCUGGCAACCCCUGACUCGUCGCAUGAUUGGCCAGCGGGUGGCGCGAUGACGUAACGGUGGACCACAGUGACGCGUUGCAUCCCCGCAUCCUCCGUGCUUUGACCGUGAUGUUCAACACCACGACGUGACCGGGGAGGGGGAGGGAGGAGAAAAGAAAAGAAGGGACAAGAGAAAAAAAUACAACAACAACAUCAACAAGAGAAAGGAAACGUGGCGCUGGAGGAAUCAGUGAUGUCUCUCUCGCCAUGCCGCAUCCCGCCGCGUACCUGCUGCUGCUUCUGUCCGUCGCGUUCGCGCUCACCGAGGCCGCGGAGCUGAAGGGUCUCGAGCACAAUGCGGAGACGCCUUCGCGCAAAGGACGUCGGGAGGAGACGGCGACCGCGCCUGCGGAGCUGUUUUCAUCUCUGACGCUAAAGGUGUGGGUGAAGGACGCAUCUAGUCAGCGGUACCUGAGCGGCGCCGCAGUCCGGGUGUUUGUGAACGGGUCUCUGCUACAGUCUAGCCAAACUGAGGAGAAUGGAGAGGUUCUUCUGACUGUACCCUACCAGCUGGGGGUCACCCUCACUCUGGUGGCCAGCAUGGAGGCCUACGUGCCCACUCAGCUGCCCUGGAAAACCACUAAGAUGCCCAUAUUUUCUGCUGUCACGAUGUCCCUGGUCCCACAAACCCAAGGCAACAUCUGGCUCUUUGAAGACACCGUGUUGAUAACUCGAAAAACAUCUGACGUAUUAUCACAACCCAUUGUCCAGUUCCCCAAGAGCCUUCUCUUGCUCCCGGAGAACGCCAGCAUCUCCACGGUGACCGCUUAUCUGACAGUUCCAGCUCCUCCUCCAGAAAAAGACAGUCAUUUCUGUACCAUGGGAGUCUUCAACAACAAAGGAGUUUCAGGAUACAGGAGCGUGAAAUUGAGCCCUGUGGCAGUGCUGAGUACUCAACUGCUGUCCGAUGAGAAAGAGAUUGACAUCAAAGGGCCAAUUCAGCUCACAGUACCUUUACCGUACCACGCCCAUCUCCGAGCCUCCGACUCCCUGCCUGCCUGGACCUUUGACAUGACCACAGGUAUGUGGGUGAACAAGGGUAUCGGCUCUGUCAGGAUGGAGAGAAAUGGUCUGGUCUGGACCUAUGUGGCUCCUCACCUUGGCAACUGGAUCGCAGCACCAUCCCCAACGUCUAAUGGUUACGGGGGACAUGCAUCUUCGAUGGAUUUCAUCUCAUACCAUACAUACCUUCUUGUGGGCAUCUUGGGUGGGACUCUUGUAAUCAUAAUUGGAUUUUUAUCUGUGAUUUUAUGUCACUGCAGAGAAUUGAGCCAUGAGACUGAAAGAAAAAGAUGGAACUCCACCAGACUGUCAAUCAUCAAGAAAGACCAGACCACAUCUACUAGUUCAGAUGAAGUCCAUGAGCCCUUGUACAAUAAUGGAGACCAUAACGGAGAUAGGUCUUACUCAAUGGCCACAAGAAGCGCAGGUGUGUCAGCGUCCCCUCGACAUCAAGCCAACUAUAACAUCUAUGUCGAUAAUGUUUGCCGACCAGCAGGGAACCUGUACGAGAACAUUGGAUCUGCAGGCCUAGAGAACCUCAGAGUUACCGUGCCAAACUUGUACGUAAACAGCGAUGAAGUAGCAAAGCUUAGAGAGUUGUCUGAACAAAGCGCCUCGCGGCAAGCUCCUGGGGAUAAUUCAGCAUAUCGAGACAAGCUGUUCCACAUCUACAACCAGCCUAUGGCCAUUGUCCAAGCUCCAGAGCAUUUCCCUGCCCAGGGACAGGCUGAGUCCACUGGAAGCCGAUGCGCCACCUUUCCCCGAAACGGCAUGGAGCACGGAGCACAGACUGAGCGAAACUUGAAAGACAGUUUCACCCAGACACUGCCAAAAGUCCCACAACAAGACAACAAUGUGCAGCCCGUUCUAGAAGGCCCACAGACAUCCAAUGCCAACCUAGGAAUCUGGGGCCGCUAUAGCCACUUGCUCGAGUCUGUCUCUGUCCCGGGGACCCUGAACGAGGCAGCUGGAAUGGGUCCUUUCCAUGGUGAGCUACAGGGAAUCUCUGAGCAGACCCUGCUGGAGCUUUCCAAGGUCAAGCCUUCUCCUCUGCCUCCUCGGGCAUGGUUUGUGUCUUUGGAUGGUAAACCAGCAGCCCAAGUACGCCACUCUGUAAUCGAACUCCAAGGCAGGCAUCGGCCAGGCAGCAGCAACGACACCAGCCUGGACUCUGGGGUGGACAUGAAUGAGCUCCAGCAGUUAGUACGAAAGAAUGAGCAGGAAGGACCCUCGAUCACCAACAUGCCCAAAGUAGCAAGGGGCCGUGGCCACGAGGAACAGGACUUGAGUAGUAGCGAAAUCGGAAGUCCUGAAGAUACAUCUUUGAGGAACACACUGGAAGGCAGCAGUGCAGCUAUCCCAAAUAUCCCAGAGGAUCAAGAUGCUGGUGAUACAUCCAGCGAGUCCAGAUCCACCCCACCACCCAGAAGACUGCGCAAGGUGCGGGACAAAAGGCCUGAUAAGAAAAUGACUCGACAUGUGAAGGAGGAAAGAACGCAAACAAAACGUUAGAUUAAGCUACUGUGUGUGCUGAGCUUUGGUGUCUGCCAAAUAUUUCUGGAUUUCAUCAACCUGCCUUAUUGUACUGUUAUCGGGAGAGAUGCCACACAGAGAUGACCUGUCUUAACCAUUGGAGCGUAGCUUUCUUAAAGUGAAUUUCUGUGGUGUUUGCAAGUUUUCAUCCAGCUAUUGGCCAUUCAUGACACCAAUCCAUUGUUCCUACACAGCAGCUUCACAUUUCACUACUAUACAAGUCAAUGUCGUGUUUGUACAAAGUCUUAUGUUUACAAGAGUGCAUUGCAAUACCAUGUAUUCAGUUCCAUUUUUUUUUCACUGUGAGCACAAUGCCUGUACCUACAAAGCUAUUUUUAAACUGAUAAUGUGUCUGAAUACUCAAGGGGAUGUUUGGAACAGGAUGAUAGUUUGGCUGAGGUCACUUCCUUUUUGUUGUAAAUUCAGGUGUAGAUAUGUGAAGUAAGCAAGAACUGCCACCAGAGUGCCAAAAGUAGUGAUAAAAGUGAAAUCCUGUAAAAAAUUUGACAUCUGGAAUUCCAAGAUAUGAGAAAUGUUGUGAAACAACGAGGAAUGUCAAGUAUAUAACCUAUAAAUGAAAGUUUAUUCUGGCA